CUUUGAGGAAUCUUUAGACGGACGUAUCUCGCGGAGUGGGUUCCGCAUAUACCGCGAUGGAGGUGGGAGGAGUCACCAUGGUUCAUUCUCAGCUCGUCUUUAAUGUAAAGACAUGAACCAGACAAUGGAGAAGCUUGGUGUUCUUAAGUUUGAAGUUUGUCAACUGGCUGAAACCAAAACAUUUGAGAAAGGGUAUCGUUCUGCUUGGUUCAAAUGCAAGAUUAAGGAUAUAAGCUUGAAGAAGAACAAGAUUUUACCUGAGUACUAUGAUUUUCCAGAUGAAGAGAUUAAAUGGGCAAAUAUAUAUGAAAUUCCUCCUUAUGAAGUAUGUGUUAUCAUUGAUGGUGUAUGGAAGAGUGGGGAUUUGGUAGAUUGGUUUGAAGAUGAUUGUUAUUGGUCUGCAAGUAUUAUCAAAAUAUUGAGUGAUGAGAGGGUUAAGAUAGAGUUGCCAAAGCCUCCGGCUGGACAAGGGAAGGUUUAUGUAGCAUUUUGUAAGGAUCUACGCCCUUCCUUAGAUUGGUCUCCAAGUAAAGGCUGGAUAGUGCCUACCAUGAGAGGUCGGACUUCAUGUAAUGCACAACUUAUUUUCUCAUCACCAAAAGGCAUGGAUAUUGAGAGGGAGGAAAUUGCUACGCCUCUAAAUGCAUCUUUAACAUCCCGUACAUCAGUAAUUUCAUUAGAGGAUCCAAUGGAGGAAUUACCGAAUAGUCAAGAAGUGAAAAUAGAUGAUGAUGAUGUGGAAAAGGAGAGUUCUUCACAUAGUAUUUCAAGUAUGCAUGUGGAAGAAAGUGAAAAAGAAGAUGAUACUUGGAAAGAUGUAGAUUACAACAUUAUAAAUUUAAAUAUCAUGCAUGAAAAGAUAUUAGAAGCAUCGAUUCUUGACCUUGAAGAACUUGCUAAUAGAAUAAAAUGGCUUAGGGCUAUUUUGGAUAACAAUCAAUCAGGGUCAGGAUCUUGGAUGUUUGCAGACAACAUUCAUCAACCAAAGUAACUUGAUACAAUAGUUGACUGUAAAUAAUAGUUUUACUUUUGUUUUUGUGGAAUUGUUUUUGAUGGAAAUGCCUAUAUGAUUAGUAAAUUAGAUGCAUUGAUCAAAUUAUGAUAUUUUUCAUUUUACAAGAUUGGAUUGGGAUUUAGAGGAUUUUUAUCAAAGUGAAA